UAACAGGUCACAUGUGACGUCAGUAUAUGAAGGGAUAGUGUGGUCAAACCCAAGCUCAGCCGAUAUCGGUGUUUUUAAAAGAUAAAAAACGUCUUUUUGAAUGUGGGGUCUGGUUAUUUUGUGAUGAUAAGUGACAGACAUGAUGUCAUUUAUGGAUGACCCCCAAACCCACAGUCAUCCAAGGGAUGAUGGACAGGCAGCAUCCACAGCAGAAAAUGUCUAAGGGGAUGGCCAUCAAAGACGCGUUGAAGCAGUUUGAAGAGGAGAGCAAGGAAAAAGCUAAAGACGCUAAAGUGGUCAAGCUCAUAGCAAGGAUACCUUUCAUCGACAAAAUGGACGCCAGCUUAUCGCAACUAGAGGCGUGUGAACACCUGUCUUUGUCUACAAAUAAGAUAGAAAAGAUAGCCAACCUAAACGGUCUGAAGCACCUUAGAGUGCUGUCUAUUGGCAGAAACUCGCUCAAGUCGCUUGCUGGAAUCGAGGCAUGCAACGACACACUUCAGGAACUUUGGUGCUCCUACAAUCAGAUCGACAGAUUCAAGGGAAUAACUGGGAUGAAAAAGCUAAAGGUCUUAUUUAUGGCACACAACAAAGUAUCUGAUUUGGCAGAAGUUGGUAAACUUUCAGGAAUUUCAACACUGGAAGAUGUACUCUUGAUAGGGAAUCCAAUUGAGGAAGAGCUUUCGGAGUCAGGGAAGUGGUUCAAUGAAUUUCGGAAAAAAUGUCCAAAGGUUAAAAAACUGGAUGGAACAGUUUUUGGCGGAGACGAUUAGCUAUCAUUAUCACGACUAAGGAAGCUUUAGCACUCUUAUAAAAUUAGGUACUUAUUUUAACUUUCAGAUAAAAAAAAUUAUUGGCAAAAAAAAAACCCCAAAAAAAACACCCCUCAAUUUAAGAAUCAAAAUAAAUGUAAGUUUUAUCGCAUGCGGUAAGGCUAGAUUUUUUUUUGUUUGUUUGAGUUAUGAUAAGAGUUAAAGUAGUUUUUCUUAAAUCUGAUCGAACGAAAAGAGUCAUCAGUGGGACGUUUUUAAAAGUAAAUAUUUGUUAGAGGAGCGCUCUUAAAUCAAUAAUGACGCUAGAUUAUUUGUAGUGAGAUUUUUUUUUCUAUUUAAAAAUUUCAGCAGUGACACUAGUUUAUAAUCACAUUGUUUGAACGUACUUAUGACUGGUAUUUAGACAAAAAUAAAAGCAUGUUU